AUGGCCGCACACCUUCUCCCACGGCAGAGCGCCAAGCCGCCUUUCUCGGUCGAGGUCCCUGGCCAACAACCCAUCGAGGGCGAGACUCCUAUUCGGCGGCACCCGGUCGCGGCGAACGAGCUCCUCUCUCGUCCCGACGAAAAGAUCACGACCGUCUACGAGCUCGUCCGCACGAGCGUCGAGAAGUAUGGCAACGCCAAAGCCAUGGGGUCACGCAAGCUCGUGCGCACCCACCAGGAGACCAAGAAGGUCAAGAAGAUGGUCGAUGGCGAGGAGCGCGAGGUGGACAAGCAGUGGACCUUCUUUGAGCUCAGCGGCUACGAGUACCUCACCUUCAUCGAGUACGAGCGCCUGAUAUUGCAGCUCGGCGCCGGUCUCCGGAAGCUGGGCCUGGAGAAGGACGACCGUGUCCAUCUCUUCGCCGCCACGAGCGCCCACUGGCUUGCCAUGUCCCACGGCGCUACUUCCCAGAGCAUGCCCGUUGUGACGGCCUAUGAUACCCUUGGCGAAGAGGGCCUGAGGCAUUCUAUGGUGGCCACGGGCGCUAAGGCUAUCUUCCUCGACCCCCAUCUGCUUCCCACCCUCACCAACGUCCUCAAGGAUGCAACUGAGGUCCGACACAUCAUUUGGAACAACCAGAACCAGAUCAAGCAAGACCACGUCGACAAGCUCAAGGCUGCCUACCCCAACAUCUCCAUAAUCAGCUUUGAAGAGCUGCGCAAGCUGGGCGAGGACAACCCCGUCGACCCCGUUCCGCCCACGCCCGAGGACCUGUGCUGCAUCAUGUACACGUCCGGCUCGACAGGAACUCCCAAGGGCGUGCCGCUAAGACACAAAAACGUCGUUGCAGCAGUCGCCGGUGUCAGCGUCGUGGUGAAGCCAUACAUCGGCCCCGGCGAUGGCCUGCUGACGUAUCUGCCCCUGGCACACAUUCUCGAAUUCGUCUUCGAGAAUGCUUCGCUCUACUGGGGCUCGACCAUGGGCUAUGGCAAUCCUAAGACCCUAUCCGACAACUCGGUACGCAACUGCAAUGGUGAUAUCAGGGAGUUCAAGCCCAGCGUCCUGGUCGGCGUUCCUGCCGUCUGGGAGACGGUCAAGAAGGGCAUUAUUGCCAAGGUGAAUGCCGGCAGCCCGAUUGUGAGGAGCCUCUUCUGGAGCGCGCUGUGGGCGAAGAAUGCCUUGUUGAGCAACGGGCUUCCCGGCUCCGGUGUUCUCGACGCCAUUGUCUUCAAGAAGAUCAAGGAGGCAACGGGUGGCCGCAUGAAGCUCUGUAUGAAUGGCGGUGGUCCUGUCGCAAAGGAGACGCAGCGCUUCAUCAGCAUGGCCAUCUGCCCGAUGAUUAUCGGGUAUGGUCUUACCGAGACCAGCGCCAUGGGCACUCUGCAGAACCCGCUGGAGUGGACAUGCGACGCCAUCGGCGCCAUGCCUGCCUCAGUCGAGACCAAGCUGGUCGAUUUCCCCGAAGCCGGCUACUUUGCGACCAACAAGCCGAACCCUCAGGGCGAGAUCUGGCUCCGCGGACCUACCAUCAUGGAGGGCUACUACAAGAACGACAAGGAGACGGCCGAGGCCGUGACGGCCGACGGCUGGUUCAAGACAGGCGAUAUCGGCGAAUGGGACAAGCACGGCCAUCUCAAGCUCAUCGACCGUAAGAAGAACCUCAUCAAGACGCUCAACGGCGAGUACAUCGCGCUCGAGAAGCUCGAGUCCAUCUACCGCGCGGCACCGGUCGUUGCCAACAUUUGCGUGUACGCGGACUCGUCCAAGGCUAAGCCAGUCGCUAUCAUCGUCCCUGCGGAGCCCGCGCUGAAGAUCCUGGCCAGCUCCAUCGGCGUCCAGGAUGCCGGCCUCGAGGAGCUGGUGCACAACAAGAAGGUCCAGAGCGCCGUCCUGAAGGAGCUCCAGGCUGCUGGCCGGAACGGUGGCUUGAUGGGGAUUGAGAUCAUCGAGGGAGUGGUCAUGGCUGACGAGGAGUGGACGCCCCAGAACAACCUCGUGACCGCGGCCCAGAAGCUGAACCGCAAGGGUAUCCUCGAAAAAUUCAAGAAGGAGGUCAAGGAGGCAUACGGGUCAGCUGCUUAA